AUGGCGGGUGUGGACCUAGAGGGCCAAGGGCUGAGUGGACAGGCCCGCUCGGUGAUGGGCCUGGAAGCCUCCGCAGAGCUGCCCCAGUUGUCUUCUGACAUUUACCAGGAGGUCUUGGGGCCACUAGUUCCCAUCAGUGGUCCCCACCCCAAGUUUCUGAGUCGGCUGUGUGCCGAUGCUGCAGAAUUCUUCACCUGCUGUGAAAUCCUGCAGGGGGCAGGGCGUGGAUACGCCCUCUCCGUGGUGCAGCAGCUGCAGCACUCACCCUGCAUCACCGGAGGGUGUAAAUCCUGUCCCUUUGUCUUUCAGGACAAACACCACGAUGCUGCUCAUGAAAUCAUCGAGACCAUCCGAUGGGUCUGUGAAGAGAUCCCAGACCUCAAGCUUGCUAUGGAGAAUUACGUUCUGAUCGACUACGACACCAAAAGCUUCGAAAGCAUGCAGAGGCUCUGUGACAAAUACAACCGUGCCAUCGACAGCAUCCACCAGCUGUGGAAGGGGACCACGCAGCCCAUGAAACUGAACACUCGGCCGUCCAACGGGCUCCUGCGGCACAUCCUGCAGCAGGUCUACAACCACUCGGUGACAGACCCCGAGAAGCUCAACAACUACGAGCCCUUCUCCCCCGAAGUGUACGGGGAGACCUCCUUUGACUUGGUCGCACAGAUGAUCGACGAGAUCAAGAUGACCGAGGAUGACCUGUUUGUGGACCUGGGCAGUGGAGUGGGCCAGGUCGUGCUGCAGGUCGCCGCGGCCACCAACUGCAAACAUCACUAUGGCGUAGAGAAAGCUGACAUCCCAGCCAAGUACGCGGAGACCAUGGACCGAGAGUUCAGGAAGUGGAUGAAAUGGUAUGGAAAAAAGCAUGCAGAAUACACACUGGAAAGAGGCGACUUCCUCUCGGAAGAGUGGAGAGAGCGGAUUGCCAACACAAGUGUUAUAUUUGUGAAUAAUUUUGCCUUUGGUCCUGAGGUGGAUCACCAGCUGAAGGAGCGGUUUGCGAACAUGAAGGAAGGUGGCAGAAUCGUGUCCUCGAAGCCCUUUGCGCCUCUGAACUUCAGAAUAAACAGCAGAAACUUGAGUGACAUCGGGACCAUCAUGCGCGUGGUGGAGCUCUCGCCCCUGAAAGGCUCGGUGUCCUGGACGGGGAAGCCAGUCUCCUACUACCUGCACACCAUCGACCGCACCAUACUUGAAAACUAUUUUUCUAGUCUGAAAAAUCCAAAACUCAGGGAGGAGCAGGAAGCGGCCCGGCGCCGGCAGCAGCGAGACAACAAGAGCACCACGGCCACUCCCACCAAGCUGCCCGAGAGCAAGGCCGCCGUGCCCGCGGACACCCCGAUGGAUUCCGGGGCCGAGGAAGAAAAAGCUGGGGCGACCACCAUCAAAAAGCCGUCACCCUCCAAAGCCCGGAAGAAAAAGCUGAACAAGAAGGGGCGGAAGAUGGCUGGCCGGAAGCGCGGGCGUCCCAAGAAGAUGAGCACCGCGAACCCGGAGCGUAAGCCCAAGAAGAGCCAAACUGCACUGGACCUCCUGCACGCCCAGGCCGCGUCGCAGACGGCAGCGCCCUCGCCGCAGGAUGCGUACAAGUCACCUCAUAGCCCGUUUUACCAGCUACCUCCCAGUGUGCAGCGGCAGCCCCCCGACCAGCUGCUGCUGGCACCCACCCCGCCCGCACUGCAGAAGCUGCUAGAAUCCUUCAAGAUUCAGUACUUGCAGUUCUUGGCGUACACCAAGACCGCCCAGUACAAGGCCAGCCUGCAGCAGCUGCUGGACCAGGAGAAGGAGAAGAACACCCGGUUGCUAGGUGCUGCGCAGCAGCUGUUCGGCCACUGCCAGGCCCAGAAAGAGGAGAUCAAGAGGCUCUUCCAGCAGAAACUGGAUGAGCUGGGCGUGAAGGCGCUGACCUACAACGACCUGAUCCAAGCGCAGAAGGAGAUUUCGGCUCACAACCAGCAGCUGAGGGAACAGACGGAGCAGCUGCAGAAGGACAACAGGGAGCUGAGAAGCCAGAGCCUGCAGCUGCUCAAGGCUCGGUGUGAGGAGCUGAAGCUGGACUGGUCCACGCUGUCGCUGGAGAACUUGCUGAAGGAGAAGCAGGCCCUGAGGACCCAGAUCUCCGAGAAGCAGAGGCACUGCCUGGAGCUGCAGAUCAGCAUCGUGGAACUGGAGAAGAGCCAGCGGCAGCAGGAGCUCCUGCAGCUCAAGUCUUGCGUGCCACCGGAUGAUGCCCUGUCGGCGCACCUGCGCGGGAAAGGCGCCCUGGGCCGGGAGCUGGAGGCCGACCCCAGCCGGCUGCAUCUUGACCUGGACUGCUCCAAGUUCUCCCUGCCCCACUUGAGCAGCGCAAGCCCAGAACUCUCCAUGAAUGGCCACGCGGCUAGCUACGAGGUGUGCGGCACGCUGAGCCGGCCCUCGUCCAAGCAGAACACUCCCCAGUACCUGGCCUCCCCGCUGGACCAGGAAGUCAUACCCUGCACCCCCAGUCACAGCAGCCGGCCGAGGCUCGAGAAGAUGUCGGGCCUGGCCUUGCCCGACUACACCCGGCUCUCCCCAGCCAAGCUGGUGCUGAGGCGGCACCUGAGCCAGGACCACGUGGCCAGUGGCAAAACAGCGGCCAGCGAGCUGCACCCGCGAGCUGAGCACGCCAAGGAGAACGGCCUUCCGUACCAGAGCCCUGGCAUUGCAAACGGCAUCAAGCUGAGCCCUCAGGACCCUCGACCCUCAUCCCCCAUGGCCUUACAGAUGACAGGGGAGAGGGGCGGCGAGAAGGGUGUGAAGGAGCGCAGCUAUGCCAGCAGUGGGGAGGCCAUCACCAGCCUGCCCGUCAGCAUCCCGCUCAGCACUGUGCAGCCGAGCAAGCUGCCCGUCAGCAUCCCUCUGGCCAGCGUGGUGCUGCCCAGCCGCGCCGAGAAAGUGAGGAGCACCCCCAGCCCUGUGCCGCAGACCCGAGAGUCCUCGUCCACACUUGAAAAGCAGAUGGGCGCUAAUGCCCACGGCGUUGCAAGCAAAGGCCUCACCCCUGCUCCCGCAGGCUUCUACGCGGGCUCAGUGGCUGUCAGCGGGGCCCUGGCAGGCAGCCCGGCCCCCCUCGCUCCCGGAACUGAGCCCGGCGCCUUCGAUGAGGUCUCGGGCUCAGGAAGCCUGUUCGCCAGCAUGGGGCCCUGCUCCACCCCGCAGCACCCGCCCCUGCUGCCGCAGUCCCGCGGCUCCGGAGCAGCCUCGCCUGCCCAUCCGCUCUGCGCCAGCCCCCGGCUCAGCAGUGCCGCCCAGGGCCCACUCCCCGAGGCCAACAAAGGGGACCUUCCUUCCGAGGCCGGCUUUUCAGAUCCCGAGGGCGAAGCCAAGAGGAGGAUCGUCUUUACCAUCUCGGCUGGCGGCAGUGCCAAACAGUCGCCUCCCGGCAAACCCAGCCCUCUGCCCACGGGCGCCCGCGGGGACAGUGGCCAGGGCCAUGGGCCGGACAGCCGCAAGCGGGGCAGGAGGAAGCGGGCGGCGGCUGGGACCCCCAGCUUGAGCUCCGGCGUGUCGCCCAAGCGUCGGGCCCUGCCGUCUGUUGCCGGCCUUUUCACGCAGUCUUCAGGGUCCCCGCUGAACCUCAACUCCAUGGUCAGCAACAUUAACCAGCCUUUGGAAAUCACGGCCAUCUCGUCCCCCGAGAGCCUGAAGAGCUCCCCUGUCCCUUACCAGGACAACGACCAGCCGCCCGUCCUCAAGAAGGAGAAGCCGUUGAGCCAGACCAACGGGGCCCACUACUCCCCACUGACCUCAGACGAGGAGCAGGGCUCCGAGGACGAGCCAGGCAGCGCCAGAAUCGAGAGAAAAAUUGCAACAAUCUCCUUAGAAAGCAAAUCUCCUCCAAAAAACUUGGAAAGCGGUGGUGGCCUGGCCGGGAGGAAGCCGACCCCUGCCAGCGAGCCUGCCAACAGCAGCAAGUGGAAAUCCACCUUCUCACCCAUUUCCGACCUCGGCCUGGCCAAGUGCGCCGACAGCCCGCUGCAGGCCGGCUCCGCCCUGAGCCAGAACUCCCUGUUCGCUUUCCGGCCCCCCCUAGAGGAGCCCGGCUUGGCUGAAGCCAAGCUGGCUGCCCACCCCAGGAAAAGCUUUUCCGGUGCCCUGUCGGGGGCCGGUGGGCUGAGCCCCAGCAGCAACCCUCCCAAUGGCUUCGCCUUCAGCGGGGGCCUGGCCGCCGACCUCAGUUUACACAGCUUCAGCGAUGGUGCUUCUCUCUCCCACAAGGUCCCCGAGGCGGCCAGCCUGGGUGCCCCCCUGAGCUUCCCUGCCCCGCGGGGCAAGGAGGGCAGUGCCGCAGAGUCCGGCGCCUUUGUGAACAAGAGGCAGCUGGAAGGACUGGGUGGCCCCAAGGGCAGGGAGGCCGGCGAGCUGGGCCUGCCGGCGUGCGGGCCCCCGGACAAGCCCUCGCUGGUGCACAGCAAGCCGGGCAAGGGCCGGGACCGCGAGCCCGACUUGAAGAAUGGCCACAACCUCUUCAUUUCUGCCGCCACUGUGCCUCCCGGGGGCCUCCUCAGCGGCCCGGGCCUCGCCACGGCGGCGUCCUCGGCAGUCAGCGCGGCCCCCUCCGCCCAGACACACCGCCCCUUCCUGGGCACCUUUGCCCCCGGCCCACAGUUCGCCCUGGGUCCCAUGUCCCUGCAGGCCAACCUGGGCUCGUCCGUGCUCCAGUCCUUGUUCAGCUCCGUGCCGGCCGCCGCCGGCCUGGUGCACGUCUCGUCCGCUGCAACCAGACUGACCAACUCGCACGCCAUGGGCAGCUUUUCCUCCGGGGUGGCAGGCGGCGCAGUUGGAGGUAAUUAGGAUUUCUACCUCAACCGUGAGACCUAUGCAAGGACGGGCUGGGCCGGCGGCCGGCCACGGGACGGCGAGGACGGACUGAGGACGGGGGACAAGGCUCUACUGUGAAUCCGAGCUGUGCAGACCUGCAGGAGGCGCUGGGGCCUGGCUCCGGCUCGUACUGUCGAUAGUUUUAGAUAAAGUAUUUAUCGUUUUUUAAAAAGUAUAAACAAUCCUGACUUAUUUUACUCCACUGAAGUCGUAAAAGCAACCUAUUGAGAAGUGUAAAUACUAUAUAUGAGAGGAUCUAUAUACAGACGUCCACCCGAAGGACUGGCCUGCCCGCGGACGCGCUGACCGCGGUCCCGGUGCUAUCUCGACGCAGGCCUCGCCGCCGCCUCGUCCUCUUGGUGCUGACUGGAGGUUGACCAACGCCAAAACCAGGCCGUGAGGCGCCUGCCCUAUUUAUUCUCGCCGCUCUUCCUAUACCAAAGGCAUGGCUGUCUCCAGGUGGAGGGUGGCUCGCGCUGUCGUGACAUUCCUCGGAAGAGGCCCUCUCCCCGAGGGGGCGCCCGCCCCCGCCCCAUCACUGUGAACGGCUCCUACCGGACUGUUGGCCCUUCGGCCUGGGAUCAGCGCCUUUGGCAUAGGAACGGUCGGCGGGCGGAGGGCGGUCAGACCCUCCCCGAUCCUGCGCGGACCCGUUCCGAGUGGUGCUUGGGGAAGGUCUGGUACCCGAUUCCCGACGGCAUGGUGGGCUGGUGCAAGUGCAUUUACUGUCGUACGUCCCUGCUCGUCCGGGGCUCCCGCCGCGGUCCACCAAAGUGCGUAGUAAGCUCGCGGCACGUGGGCCGGUGACGUGGGGCAGGUUAGUCACGGGUGCUUGGUGUGUCUGUACAGAGGAGAGUCACGCUGAGGAGUGACAGUAUUUUAUAGAGAUGCGAUGAAAAUUUAUAAAUUUCAUAGACUUGACUUCAUUUAUUUUUAGAUUGUAUAAUGCAUAGUAAACUAAAGAAGAAAAGUGAGGGGAGAACCUUUCUAUUUAUUCAAGUGCACACGGUGGCGUGGGCCCAGGGCCGGCCCUCGGCCCCGGACUGCGUGACCGUGGCUCCCGGGGUGGAGUGGACAGGCCCCGCGCCCCGCCCAAGCCCCUCUGGCCAGUCCGUGCGGUCGCUGCGGCCGUGCCGCCCCCACCCCGGAGCAGCUCUGAUGGUGCUUGGCAGUGAACGCACUUGGGGGGGGGGGGGGGGAGGGCAAAGCUGGGAGAGCUGUUCGGAGGCGUCUAGAGGUUGCCAGUAGGGCUCUCCAGCCCCUCCAGGGUAGCAGUCGGCCAGUGUUGUGUAUGUACGCGGUUUUCAGAGGGUGCGUCCAGAAGCCCCCAGCCCCCCGAAAGGGCCAACAUCAGCCCAGGUCCUGGCAGAGGGAUCUGGACCCCGAGAUGGGUGCUCUAGGAAGGGCUGAGUCGGUGAGGUCAGAGCCCUGUCCUCAGGUGCUUGCAUCCCCCAAGGAACACAGGGAACUUGCCUCUUUCCAAAGGUGGGCUGUGUUUUGCCCGUUGCUCAAGUAGAGGCCCUGAGCUCCUGCCUGCCCGGGAGGCUCGGCCUGGCCCCCACUCUUCUGGUGGGCAGGCAGAGGCCUGAGGCAUGCAGGCCAAAGACGGCCACCGCAGGACCCUUUUCUGCCUGCAGCCGCCGCCUGGAGGCAGACCAAUCUGUGCAGGCCGGGUCUGGCCGUUGGCUGUUCUGGAAGUUGGCUGGACCCCUGGUUUCCACAGGCAGGGGCCUGCCAGAGCCCUGCUUUCCUGCUUGCCCUGGGGGUGACGCCCCUGGCCCAGAGCAAUAGUUGAGGCAGAAGAUGGUGCUCGCGAUGGGUUCUUGAAAUUGGCCCAUCCUUCUGUAACUGGCUGCCCUGGCUCCCUCCUUCUGGGUUGGCGCCCCCGGUGCAUGAAGGUGCUGUGCCUCACCCCCGUGAACCCCAAGCCCUGGCCCCCAGGACAGGGCAGUGUUUGCUUGGCCACACACACACACGCCCACCCGUGUCAGGGGCACAGGGCUCCCUAAAAAGCUACAGGGUGGGUGGACAGCGGAGAGGUCACGCCUGAGUCCCCAGCGUAGAACAGAGCGACCCUGUUCGCACAUACUGCAUCACUUCAGGGGGCCCCCCCGGACGUGUCACACUGAGUCUCUGGCACUAGCGGGGGCGUUUGGGACCACCCCGCGGUGGCUGGGCUGACCCUAGCAGGAGGGGAGGCAGCAAGCCCGUGCACAGAGCCCCAGGGCUACCGCCGACCGCGGGCAACUUCAGGGAAGUCUGGUGGGCCGCAGGGGGCUCUGCUCAGGAAAACCUAACCGUGAACACGGCCCUCCCGGGCAGCUCGCCGUCUCUUGCAGCUACGGACUGUGAUUUACCUAAGGCUCACGUGCCCCUCUUUACCCGCCCCGCCCUCAUUCCCACGGUCCAGCCACACUGGGUUGUUUCCCACGUCUCUCAACCUUGGUUUGUAACUCGGACGGGGCUUUGCUUUGUGUUUCUGGUAGACUGUGUUUCGGUUGGGGGUGCUGGCAUGGCCUGUCCCUCCCUGGGCUGCUGGCUUGACCCUCUUUUCCUAAGAGAACCCCAGUGCACUCUGCAUUUCCACCUCUAGGCGCUGUAAUAAAAUACUUUUCACU